AUGUCUCUCGGGAAUACUGAUACUUCAUGGGACGAGUUCGCGUUCAUUCGUACGUCCGAGGACGCGUGGUCCGCGUUCAUCCAGUCGCGCUUUGCACCUCUCGCGACGCGGAAACUCAACGUCGGGCCAUCCGUACGGUCGCGCAUGAUCGCGCAGGAGUUCAGAAUGUUUCAGAAGUACUGGCGCAUAGCUUCCCAGUACCGAAACGCAACCCACGGCGCUGCGGCGCUGCCAGCAGAGGUCCUAUCCACAAUCUUCGCCCUCGCACAGAAAGGCUGGCACCCGCAUCGUUACGUCCAGGAAGGCAGCAAAACUUGCUUCGACCUUGGUUGGGUCAAUGUCACGCGCGUAUGCAGUUAUUGGAGACGAACGGCACUCAGUACGCCCGCGUUGUGGACGAAAAUAGCUUGCCCACAUCUACCUACUUGGAUGCUAGCAGAUAUUGUUCGCCGCGCAGGGAAGUUGCCACUACGGCUCCUUGUGGAUACUGGCGCCUUCCAUCGCGGCGGCGUACCAGUCGGCAGUUACCUGUGUGAACCAAUCAUGAAACGCAGCGAAUCGGUGUGCAUCAAUUCGCGCGACCUGGACGAAACUUCGGCCGCCUUGCGCACCCUUUGGCCAUCCAGGUUCACCCUCACGGAGUUGAUCGUCGACCUCGACAUCUCCGAAUGCGACGGGUGGUGUCAGCUCGAGCCUGACAAGGGCGUAUACAACCUGUCCGGCUUCACUGCUCUCCGACGUGUCUCCCUCCGCGGGUGCUAUCCGGAGUGGGAGACAGUACUUCCGUUCCCCAGCAGCGUCACGCAUCUUCAUCUCGCGAUUGACUACGUGGAAUCGUUGACUGGCACUCCAUAUCGGACAGACGCGCCCCGCUUCAAAGACGUCCUAGCAUCGCUGCCUCAACUUCAAGAACUUGCACUCAGGAACUUCCUCCCCGUCCCAGCGUGGGUCGAUGACGAGCCAUUUGGCGAGACUCUACCCCUUCCCGAGCCCUAUCACAUCCCACAUCUACGAAAGCUCUCGGUCAUCUGUGAUUGCCGUGGUUCAUACAGCGAUGACUACAAGUACUUUUGGAAUAACUUCUGCGUGCCCCGGAUGACAGUCGUCAAGGUCCAUCUCGCUCUCGGGAGCCCAAUGGAUGACGGAGCGUUUCUCUUGCCUAUCACCUGCACGAAUGCGUUGGACGAUGCAUACCAUCCUGUUGAGAUGAUGCUAUCCCAGCAUACUGUCAGCGUGCACUACCGUGAGAGCAAAGAACAUUCAUGGACUAGGCGCACCGACGUCGAGACUCACCGGAUGCCUCCCGACCCCGACAGAUCAUAUCAAUCCAUUAACGAGAAUUGGGAUACCGAUACCACUCACGGCAGCAGGCAUGUGCACGACGCCGAUACCGAUGUGCUCAAGUUCAUCGACACAAUCACCCUUUCGUCUUUACGCGCCGUCUACAUCGCGGCAAACACACAAGCGCUAGAGCACGAACCGGGAGACUGGAUCCGUCUAUUCUCUACAGCUCAGGACGUACGACGCCUGUCGUGCUCGUAUCCAGCGUCAUUCGAACUGUUCGUCGCGCUCUCUCGGCUUACGGACGACGGUCGCUCCCCGGCGCUCUUCCCUCACCUCGAUACGCUCAUCUUGCAUGCGGACUUCAAUGAAGCGCUUCUCGGAAGCAAACAGCCGCAUGGCUCAUCGAUAGAGCUUGCGCUGCUAGAUCUGCUUUCCACUCGAAUGAGCUGCGACGCGCCGAUCAAGCGCAUUCUUGUGAACAGGAGGCUCGCGAUGUGUAAUGUUUGGGUGCAUGUGGAUCGUAGCACUACCUCCUUAUCGUUCUUUUGA